AAAUAGAGAACUUGAGAAUACAUUUUACUUUGAUUCAUUUUGCAUUCUUUCGAAUAUAAUAAACUCUUCUUACCCACAUCUCUCUCUUAUAAUAUAUGUGCUGAUAUUAUUUAGCUUGACCAACAAUACAUACAGAACACAACCCUAAUCUUCCGUUUCUAUCAUUUUCUUCCUGAUCAAAUUCAUUUCUUGACCGAUUUGAUCCAAAAAAAUGGAUGAAGAAUACGAUGUGAUUGUGUUAGGCACUGGUCUUAAGGAAUGCAUCCUUAGCGGUCUUUUAUCUGUUGAUGGUCUUAAGGUUCUGCACAUGGACAGAAAUGACUAUUAUGGAGGAGAAUCGACUUCCCUAAAUCUUGUCCAGCUUUGGAAGAGGUUUAAAGGAAGCGAUAAACCUCCAGCUGAACUGGGUUCUAGUAGAGAUUACAAUGUUGACAUGAUUCCCAAGUUUAUUAUGGCAAAUGGUGCUCUUGUGCGGGUGCUAAUUCAUACUGAUGUCACGAAAUAUUUAUACUUUAAAGCGGUUGAUGGCAGCUUUGUGUAUAACAAAGGAAAGGUCCACAAGGUGCCAGCUACUGACAUGGAGGCACUUAAAUCUCCUCUGAUGGGCAUUUUUGAGAAGAGGCGUGCUCGAAAGUUCUUCAUCUAUGUUCAAGAUUAUAAUGAAAGUGAUCCUAAAACACAUGAAGGGAUGGAUCUAACAAGAGUUACCACAAGAGAGCUUAUUGCGAAAUAUGGUCUUGAUGACAACACUGUGGACUUCAUUGGUCAUUCAUUGGCACUGCAUAGAGAUGAUCGCUACUUGGAUGAACCAGCACUGGAUACUGUGAAGAGAAUGAAGCUAUAUGCUGAGUCUCUUGCACGUUUCCAAGGAGGAUCACCAUACAUUUAUCCUUUGUAUGGAUUAGGCGAGCUCCCCCAGGCAUUUGCUCGACUGAGUGCUGUGUAUGGUGGGACCUACAUGUUGAAUAAACCUGAAUGCAAGGUAGAGUUUGAUGUAGAAGGAAAGGUCUGUGGUGUUACUUCAGAAGGGGAAACUGCAAAGUGCAAGAAAGUUGUAUGUGAUCCUUCCUACUUGCCCAACAAGGUGAGGAAAGUUGGAAAAGUUGCAAGAGCUAUUGCAAUUAUGAGCCACCCAAUUCCAAGUACCAACGACUCUCACUCUGUGCAGAUUAUCCUACCUCAGAAGCAGUUGGGUCGGAAAUCAGAUAUGUACUUGUUCUGCUGUUCUUACACUCAUAAUGUUGCUCCAAAGGGGAAAUUCAUUGCAUUUGUCUCAACAGAGGCAGAAACUGAUAACCCAGAGAGUGAACUGAAGCCAGGUGUGAAUCUUCUAGGGCCAGUGGAUGAGAUUGUCUAUGAAACUUAUGACAGAUGUGAACCUGUCAAUGAGUGCUCCUUGGACAAUUGUUUUAUUUCAACUAGCUAUGAUGCCACAACUCACUUUGAGUCGACUGUAGAUGAUGUGCUCAAUUUGUACACCAAAAUAACUGGAAAGGUUCUUGACCUCAAUGUGGAUCUAAGUGCUGCAAGUGCCGCUGAAGAAUGAGAAAUUCCUUUACUCCUCUAGUUUCACGUCUUUUGCUGCUGAAUCCCUAGAUGUGUCAACGGGAUUCUGAUGGUUUGGCUGUAGAAGUGGACUAACUUGUGAUGGUUUCUCCGUGAUAACUAUAGUUCAAAUGAUGUUUUUUCUUCCUGAACAAACCUAUGUAUGUUUAAAGUUUAAAUCACUUUUCUUAAACUUGGAGGUGCAUGCCCGCCGGUCUCUCUUCUCCCCCUCCUCCCUUACUGUUAUUGGUUGAGGCUGUACCUAGAUGUGGGAUUCAGAUGUCGUUGAUGUUGAUGCCGAAUUUGGUUUUAUGAAAUUUCAUCCUUUGCCAA